UACUGCUUAAGGGCGGGAGCAAAGUAGAAGAACACAGGUAUUACGAGUCUCAAGACCCCUCGUGGAUGCUGCUGCACCAUAUGACUCCUUUGGAUGCAUGAAAGCCACCACGUGGCCACCUCUAUUCACUGAUGAGGGUUCCAUAUCCUAUCAGGUUUUUAGAGCGAGAAAAUUGUACUUUAAACGUACCUGUGCACGCAUGGAGCUGAUUGGAUCACACUUUUAGAUUCGGAUCCUCGCCGUCUGCGCCCUGUUUAUUCGAUCCGACCCGAUCCGAUCCGAUCCGACUCGGUGCUCGAACUCGACGAUUUCCAUCCACAAUUCUAAGAUCUGGUUUCCGCUGGUAGACCGGUUUAUGUUUAGAUGAUAUGCAAAAGUUACAUAAGGAGUGUGGUUGUUCAAGCUGGGCAUAUCGUCACGUCUACAAAGGCAAGGGUGCAUUUCAACGAUACUGAUAGAUUUUGCAUGCUUGCCAAUUCGCGGAACCGAGCAUUUAGGGCGAGUUUAGCAAGGGUGCAUUUCAACAAUACUGAUAGAUUUUGCAUGCUUGCCAAUUCGCGGAAUCGAGCAUUUAGGGCGAGUUUAAGGAUGAUGGUUGAUACAGGUGCGACAGAUGACCAGGGAUCCGUUUUUGAUGUGCUGCCUGACAAAGAUGAGGAUGGUGAAUAUACCAGUGGAGGGUGUAGAAGCGAAGGAGGAAAACUGAGUUGCGGUUAUUCAAGUUUCAGGGGAAAAAGAGCAACUAUGGAGGAUUUUUAUGAUGUUAAAAUGUCCAAAAUUGAUGGGCAAACGGUCUGCCUGUUUGGAAUUUUCGAUGGUCACGGUGGUUCUCGUGCUGCUCAAUAUUUGAAGGAGCAUCUAUUUGACAAUCUCAUGAAGCAUCCACAAUUCAUGACAGACACAAAGUUAGCUAUUAGUGAAUCGUAUCAACAGACCGAUGCAGACUUUUUGGAUUCUGAAAGAGAUACAUACCGGGAUGAUGGUUCUACUGCUUCAACAGCAGUCUUGGUUGGUAACCAUCUAUAUGUUGCCAAUGUUGGAGAUUCACGUACAGUAAUAUCAAAGGCAGGAAAAGCUAUUGCUUUAUCUGAGGAUCAUAAACCAAAUCGAAGUGAUGAGAGGAAGAGAAUUGAAAAUGCUGGGGGUGUUGUAAUGUGGGCAGGCACUUGGAGGGUAGGAGGUGUGCUGGCUAUGUCUCGGGCUUUUGGGAACCGCAUGUUGAAGCAAUAUGUUGUUGCAGAACCUGAGAUCCAGGACCAAGUGGUGGAUGAAGAUUUUGAGUUUCUAGUGCUUGCUAGUGAUGGGGUAUGGGAUGUGCUAACGAAUGAGGUUGCUGUUGAAGUUGCCAAAACAGAAGAAGAACCCGAGGCAGCAGCUCGAAAGUUAACGGCGGUCGCCUUUUGCCGUGGCAGUGCCGACAACAUAACGUGCAUUGUGGUGAAGUUCCAGCAUGACAAAGCAGAGCCAGGCAGUGCUCACCAAGAUUGAAAAUUUACAUAUUGCAUGUGUGGUUUUGUCAACAUUUUUAAGAAAACUGAAUAUUAAAUUUGCGCAUGCAAAUGGAUGAAUGUGCUUACAGAAAUUAAAGCAAUUAUGUUUAUUCA